UUCGGCCCUCACUGCAAUCCCCCUCCCACCGCCCUCCGUCGAAACCCCAUCACUCCAGAACAACCGUUCCCAAAUCUAAGUCUGAACCCUAGUAUAAUCUGAUGGCCACGCAGCAAUCAAUUGCUACCCACCGCGAAGGCGCCGAGAUCUACCACGGCGACGAGAUCUGCAAGUCGAAAUCCAUAGAACUCCUCGAGCUCGUCCACCUUCCCCGCGGCCUCCUCCCUCUAAACGAUCUCGAGGAAGUUGGAUACAAUCGUGAAACCGGCUUCGUAUGGCUCAAGCAGAAGAAGCGCACCGAUCACACCUUCAAGAAGAUCGGACGGCUUGUCUCGUACGCGCCGGAGGUCACGGCGUUCGUCGAAGAACGGCGGAUGAAGAAGAUAAGUGGAGUGAAGAGUAAGGAGAUACUGAUCUGGAUUUCGCUCUCCGAUAUGUAUAUUGAUGAUCCGGCUUCGGGGAAGAUUACUUUUAAGACUCCGGCUGGGCUUUCUCGGUCUUUUCCGACUUCGGCUUUUGAGUUGGAGGAGGAGGCGGAGCAGAAGAAGUGAUGAGGUAGUGGAGGUUUGGUGGGGGGUUCUUGCUGCUGCUCUCUCUUUUUUUUUUUUUUUUUAUUUGGUUAUGGAGUUAUAAAAUGUUGUUUGGAUUAAAGUUAAGAGUGGUGGUGUGUUAAGUGGAGGAAGGGCAGAGGACGGUUGCAGGGGAUUUUAAUCGUUUUGUUCUAUGAUAUUUUAUAAUGAAUAUUAAAUAAU